AUGCAGCACUUUGCCAUGUUUGGUGUCGUGCAUGAAUGCUCCUGCAUGCUACUAUUAAACAGGUGGGCGAUCUCUCGUCUAUACUACAUGAUGGGAGAGAACAGAAAGAUCACCCGGUCAAGGCUAGUGACAAGCAAUCUGCUGCACCACCAGCACCUGCAUGGCCAUGGAUCUGUCUCUGAGGUUUCGAGCUUAGUGGAUGAAACCUUGGGGAAGAGGCCCUUGAAUGGGCAGAAGGAUACACUUGUAUACAGUGUGUUUGCUAGUACCUGGAAUGUCGGUGGCAUCACACCAUCUGAUGACUUGGACUUGGAGGAUUGGUUGGAUACAAGAGCUAAUGCCUAUGACAUCUAUGUUCUAGGGUUCCAGGAGAUAGUACCACUCAAUGCGAGAAAUGUGCUUGGUCCUAGGAACAGCUGUGUAUCUGCAAAGUGGAACUCGCUAAUCGGGAAGGCACUCAACAAAAAGUAUAGAGAAGAAGGGGCAAAGUUGAACCAAGAGUCUACAAAUAGCAGUGCAAAGGAAGGCUCUAUGGAGGGAGAAGGCUUCAGAUGCAUCAGGAGCAAGCAGAUGGUUGGCAUCUUUACAUCAGUAUGGGUGCGAAGCAACCUUAGGCCACUCAUUCAUCAUCUGGAUGUAUCAUGCAUUGGUUCGGGUAUCAUGGGCUGCCUAGGGAACAAGGGUUCUGUUUCGAUCCGAUUUGUGUUGCAUGAGACGAGCUUUUGCGUCGUUUGUUGUCACCUGGCUUCAGGUGGCAAACAAGGGGACGUGCUGCUGAGGAAUUUGGAUGUCGCGGACAUACUUACAAGAACAUGGUUCCCUGGUCUUGCAACUCAGGAAUUGCCAGAGAAGAUCCUUGAUCAUGAUCAAGUAGUUUUGCUCGGUGACUUGAACUAUAGGAUAUCCUUGGAAGAGGCCGAGACGAGGUCACUGGUGAGAGCCAAGAACUGGGCCAUCUUAUUGGAAAACGAUCAGCUAUUGUUCGAGUUCUCGAGGGGGCGGCAUUUUGAGGGCUGGCAGGAAGGCUUGAUCACGUUCUCCCCCACCUACAAGUACCAACCCAAUUCCGAUCAGUAUCAGUACUACUGGUGCUUUGACAGUGCGCGGAGCGAGAAGAAGCGUGCUCCGGCAUGGUGCGAUCGUAUUCUGUGGCGAGGUAAGGGACUGAAGCAAGUCCAAUACGAGACGUGCAGCUACAGGCUAUCGGACCACCGGCCGGUGAGAGCAGUUUUCCACGCUGAAUGCGAUGUAUUAUCAGAGGGGAUGGUGCAGAAGUAA